UAACAUUUUUAUUGAAUUUAACCGAACCGUGUUUUCUCCGCGGGGCUAAUAUUUCCAUUAACGAACAUCGUAGUAUAGUUUAUACAAUGUCUUCAAUAAUAAAAAGCCAUCAAUCAACUUUUACUGAACAGUAUUCACUGUUAUCAUCUCUUCUUCAACAUCUCUUAACCCUGAUUCAGUUAUCUCAUAGUGAUGUUUUAAAUACAAUUAAAAAGAAUAAGGAUUUUCUUUGUGUUCUUGAAAACUUAUGCCUCUCAAAAAAUAACAACAUUUGUUUUCUAGCAAUCAAUACUGUAAUACAAUUAUGCCAACUUGAAGAAGAAGAAACUAAUAUGGAACAUAAACUUCUAUAUUCAAUAACGUUAAAAUGUGAAUAUGUUUUAAACGCCAUGACUAGGCUAUGUCAAAAUUGCAUAAUGUCAUCUAUUACAUUAUUUAAAAUUAUUUUACAAUACUUCGAAGAAGGUAUCUGUAAAUCGGUUGAGUUUAAUGAAGCCCCAACUGCUGAUUUUUUAAGAUCUAUUUUCAUGCAAUUAGAAACUAUUAUAUCUCAAGGAUUGGAUAAUGUGUCAAACCAUGCCUGGGAAUGUAUGACUACAAUAUUGUCAACAAAACUUUUGAAGCAUUUACAGAAAUUAUCAUAUCUUAAAAUUGAGUUUGCCACCGAUCCUUGGCUUAACUGUAUACUUGUGAAUUCGAAAUGUUUUAGUGAAAGAUGUUUAGAAUUUUUAAAUUUUUGGUUUACACAUUUUGUAUUGAAUUACGAAGAAAGUUUCACAAUACGUGGAUUAAAAGUGCUAUGUCCAAGUCUCUUUGAUGUUACUGUAGUUCAUAUUUCAGUAACAAUAGUCAACCAAGUUUAUGAAAGAAAUGAAUUAAUGUCAAAAGCUAAAUUGAUUAUACAUUUGAUAUUGAAAAACAAAUUCUUGUUACCUAAUGGACUAGAGGAAAAAAUGAACAUAUUCUUAAACCAAAACUAGUCGAAAGCUUUAUAUUUCUAUAUAUAUUUUUGAAACUGUUCCUUUACCUGGUUCAAAACUCAAAAGAGUUCAAUAAUAUAUUUCGUUUAAAUGUAUUUAUUAUUAUAAGUAUAGAUAAUUAUAUUUUACAAAAAUAUUUUGUAGACAAUUCUCUUCUGUAUUCAAU